AUGCAUUUUUGUCUUCAGCUUCCCGAGAUAUUGGACGUGAUUUUGGAGUACGCCCUUUAUGAAAAUGGGCGUCGUAGAACAGACGCUGUUGCCGCCAUAGCAAGUACAUGUCGGACGCUCUCGUAUCCCGCCCUUGUAGCCUUGUGGAAGGAACAAACUUCUUUGGUUCCCCUACUCAAGUGUUUGCCGCCUGAUGCUUGGACAAUUGAGCGUCCAUCAACGUACAAUACCUUCAAGGGGAUAUUUAAACUUCUUAGGGUACCUAACAAAGAUUCGGAUUGGGAUCGUGUCUUGCAUUACGCAAAUCUUAUCCGGAGUCUUGGCUCGGAAUCAACCUCACCAUCAUCUUCAUUUUCCCGCCCUUUUCAUGUCAAGGAUGAUGUCUUCUCAGCUCUACGGCUUUAUCUGCCCAGAGCUUUACUGUUGCCCAACCUCAAAUAUUUCAAUCGGCCUAUAGGUGGAGACGACUAUGAUUAUAUCCACACAUCGUUGUUUUAUGGGCCAAACUUGGUAUCAUUCCAAUGGACUAGAGUGUUCCAGCCAGUACCAAUUGGCGAUACAGUAGAACUUCUCGAGUGUCUCGAGCGGCAGUCGUCUAACCUGCAGACACUAGCGGUUCAACAUUUUACUCGAAUUGGAAAUAAUAGACCUAUCUUCCCCCAGUUUUGGAAAGUUGUCGGCUCGUUCAAACAUCUCCAACACCUCUCUUGUCCUACCAAUUCAAUCACAUUCCCUCUGUUUAACCUAUAUCUUCUUCAUCUUCGUAAUCUCCAAUCAUUGGAUUUACUUUUGGAUGGUACUUCACCCCUUCCACUUCCCACAGGGAGUACUGUGGUUUUUCCUUUCCUGGCGAAGGUACACGUUCGUCUGAUGGACAUGGACUCCCUCGACCCAUUCACAAGCCUCAUUUCGUCAUCGCCAAUUUCAGACCUCAAGAUUGUACUUGACAACUCAUCUUCGGUUAUUACUGAAGAGUUUUUCUCUUCUCUUCAAAGUCCGUCGUUGCUGGCACAUAUGGAGAAUCUUGUAAUUAUGAGCUCAAUCAGGGCAGGCCCGCACUCUUCUAUCCUCUCUUGCGACAUUUUGCAGCCGCUCCUAGCAUUUAAAAACAUGCGUAUCCUGGCUCUUCUCCUUGAUUGUGCCAGCGGCAUAGACAACUCGUUUGUCAAGGAGAUGGCCUUUUCCUGGACAAAGCUCGAGUCUCUUCUUUUCUCUCCGUACUCGAAGUUGGAUGAAUGCAAGGUCACAUUGGCGGGGCUGAUCCCGUUCGCUGAAGGAUGCAAGCGUUUGACGUCAUUAGCUAUGCCAAUUGAUGGUCGCAUUAGUCCUGAUGUUGACGAAAUGCAGGAUUUGUUAGGUCCCAGCGCUAAUAUGCUGGUCAGCCUGGACGUCGGAUUUUCUCCUAUACAAGAUCCAAUCGCUGUGGCCCACUUUCUAUCUCGGUUGUUCCCUAAUCUUAUUCGCAUCCAUGCGGAGGGCGAACGAACGCAUGUAGAGCAAUGGAAGAGCGUCGUUCGCAUGAAUACCGUCUCUCGGGUUCUGUGA